CACAAAGCAAGUCUGAUUUCAACUUGCUCGUGCACUACUCCACAUCUGCACGUCUCUGCCAUUCUGAGCCUUUUUUUUUUUGAGAGAGAGAGAGAGGAUGCAAUUGCAGUUAGCUGCCUCCAAUAAUCCAUGAUGGAACACAAAGAAACCACCAUGCCAGGCAAGAAGCUUCUGCCGAUAAGCUUCCUACUCGUGGGCCUCCUCCACCUUGUGGCCCUCACCGCCGGUGAAGAUGACCAGUUCGUCUACUCCGGCUUCACCGGCAGCAACCUCAUCCUCGACGGCGCUUCGUCCGUCACAUCGAGCGGCCUGCUCGAGCUCACCAACGGCACGCUCCGGCAGAAAGGCCACGCCAUCUACCCGACCCAGCUGCGCUUCCGUGACCAGAACACGACGACACCUAGCGGCGGCGGCAGCAGCGGCGCCGGGGGCGCCGUGCGGUCCUUCUCCGCCUCCUUCGUGUUCGGCAUCCUCUCCGGCUACCCGGACGUGAGCGCCAACGGCAUCGCGUUCUUCGUGUCUCCGACCACCGACUUCUCGUCCGCGAUGGCGGCGCAGUACCUCGGCCUCUUCAACGGCGGCAACAACGGCAACGCCACCAACCGCGUCUUCGCGGUGGAGCUGGACACCAUGAAGAACAACGAGUUCCAGGACAUCAGCGACAACCACGUCGGGAUCGACGUCAACAGCCUCGUCUCGGUCAACUCCACCAACGCCGGCUACUACCCCGACGACGGCAGCGACGGCGGCGGCGACGACUUCCGCAGCCUGACGCUGAUCAGCCACGAGGCGAUGCAGGCGUGGGUGGACUACGACGGCGAGGCCAAGAAGAUCGACGUGACCUUGGCUCCCCUGACGAUGGGCAAACCUGCCAGGCCGCUGCUCUCGGCGGCGUACGACCUCUCGACGGUGAUCCCGGACAUGGCUUACAUCGGCUUCUCGUCGUCCACGGGCUUAGUCGACUCAACACACUACGUUCUUGGAUGGAGCUUCGCCAUGGAUGGACCUGCGCCGGCCAUCGACAUCACCAAGCUGCCAAAACUACCACGUGAGUUCCCAGAGCCAGGAUCCAAGUUCCUGGAAAUCAUCCUGCCAAUUGCCACUGCAGCACUAGUCCUUUCUGUUGGCACCGUUCUUGUUCUACUUAGGAGAAGACAGCUACGGUACACUGAAUUGAGAGAAGAUUGGGAGCUUGAGUUUGGGCCACACCGGUUCUCAUACAAGGAUCUAUUCCGGGCGACCGACGGGUUCAGGAACAAAAAUCUACUGGGAAUUGGAGGAUUUGGGAAAGUAUACAGGGGUGUUCUUCCGGCGUCCAAAUCUGAGAUCGCCGUGAAGAAGGUGUCACACAACUCGAAGCAAGGUAUGAAGGAAUUUGUCGCCGAGAUCGUUAGCAUUGGGCGCAUGCAGCAUCCAAACCUCGUCCGGUUGCUCGGUUACUGCCGUCGAAAAGGUGAGCUACUUCUGGUGUAUGAGUACAUGUCAAAUGGAAGCCUUGACAAGUAUCUUUAUUGCCAAGAGAGCAAGGGUACUCUGAAUUGGGCACAAAGGCUUGGUAUCAUCAAAGGCAUUGCAUCAGGCUUGCUCUACCUCCAUGAGGAAUGGGAGAAGGUCGUCGUCCACCGGGACAUCAAGGCGAGCAAUGUGUUACUUGACAGUGGUAUGAAUGGCCGAUUAGGGGACUUUGGGCUUGCAAUGUUGUAUGACCAUAGUGCCAACCCUCAAACCUCACAUGUUGUUGGCACCAUAGGGUACCUUGCCCCUGAGCUUGGCCGCACCAGCAAGGCGACCACUUUGACCGAUGUUUUCGCCUUUGGUGUAUUUGUUCUUGAGGUCAUUUGUGGGCAAAAACCCAUCAUGCAGGACUCAGAUGACAACCAAAUCAUGUUGGUAGACUGGGUGGUGGAGCAUUGGAACAAGACAUCGCUAGUUGAUACGGUGGAUGCAAAGCUCCAAGGUGACUACAAUGCUGAUGAGGCAUGCAUGGGGCUGAAGGUAGGGUUGCUAUGCUCUCAUCCCUUCCCUGAAGCAAGGCCCAGUAUGCGACAGGUCCUGCAGUACCUCAAUGGUGAGAUGGCACUGCCGGAGCUUGUUCCGGCGCAUCUGAGCUUCCAGAUGCUGGCAGUGAUGCAAAAUGAAGGGUUUGAUUCAUACGUCAUGUCAUAUCCUUCGUCAAUGGAGAGCACCCAGAGCAUUUCCGUCCUUGUGCAAAUGGUGGUGGCACACAUGCCCUGCCAUCGUCGUCUACGCCCCGUCAUCCUCCUCUCCCUUAUUGGCCUUGUCCUCCUUGCAGCCGCCUCCGCCGCCACAGACGACGACGACGACGGCGACCAGUUCGUCUACAACGGCUUCACCGGCGCGAACCUGACCCUCGACGGCUCCGCCACGGUGACGCCGGACGGCCUCGUGGAGCUGACCAACGGCACGACCCACGAGAAGGGCCACGCGUUCCACCCGACUCCCCUGCGCCUCCGCGGUCCGCCGCCGCAGGCGGGGUCCCCGUCCCCGAACGGCACGUCGACGACAGCCGCCGUGCCCGUGCGGUCCUUCUCGGUGGCCUUCGUCUUCGGCAUCGUCUCCAGCUACCUCGACUUCAGCACGCACGGGCUGGCCUUCGUCGUCGCGCCCUCCACGGACUUCUCGACGGCGCUGACGGACCAGUACCUGGGCCUCACCAACACCCAGGACGACGGCAACGCCAGCAACCACAUGCUCGCCGUGGAGCUCGACACGGUGCAGAACAUCGAGUUCCACGACAUCAGCGCCAACCACGUCGGCAUCGACGUCAACAGCCUCAGCUCCGUGGAGUCCCACGACGCCGGCUACUACUACUCCGGCAACAACACCGCCGGCAGCAGCAGCAGCCGCUUCUUCCAGAACCUCAGCCUCAUCAGCCGCGACGCGAUGCAGGUGUGGGUGGACUACGACGGCGACGCCACACGGAUCAACGUGACCAUGGCGCCGCUUGGCAUGGCGAAGCCCGUGAACCCGCUGCUCUCCCACGUCCAGGACCUGUCGGCGGUGCUGGCGGAGCCGUCGUACGUCGGCUUCUCGUCGGCGACCGGGCCGGGGAACACGCGGCACUACGUCCUCGGCUGGAGUCUCGGCACGAACGGCAGACCGGCGCCGGCGAUCGACGUCGCCAGGCUGCCGAAGCUGCCCCAGGUGUCGUCGUCGUCGUCGUCCAACGCGCGCUCGAAGCUCCUGGAGAUCGUGCUGCCGCUCGUGAGCGCGGCCGUCGUCCUCGCCGCCGGCACCGCCUUGGUCCUGCUGGUGCGGCGGCGGCUGCGGUACGCCGAGGUGCGCGAGGACUGGGAGACGGAGUUCGGCCCGCACCGGUUCGCGUACAAGGACCUGUUCCACGCCACGCGAGGUUUCAGGGACACGCACCUGCUGGGCGCCGGAGGCUUCGGCAUGGUGUUCCGCGGCGUGCUCCGGGAGUCCGGCGUCGAGGUCGCCGUGAAGAAGGUGUCGCAGGCGUCCAGGCAAGGGAUGAAGGAGUUCGUCGCCGAGAUCGUCAGCAUCGGCCGCAUCCGGCACCGGAACCUCGUGCGCCUGCUGGGAUACUGCCGGCGCAAGGACGAGCUCAUCCUGGUCUACGACUACAUGCCCAACGGCAGCCUCGACAGGUACCUCCACGCCGGCGGCCCGGGAGAGGGAGACGGCGACGGCGGCGCCGCCGCCGCCCCGACGCUGGACUGGGAUCGGAGGUUCCGGGUCAUCAGGGGCGUCGCGGCCGGGCUGCACUACCUGCACGAGAGGUGGGAGAAGGUGGUGGUGCACCGGGACAUCAAGACCAGCAACGUGCUCCUCGACGGCGAGAUGAACGCGCGGCUGGGCGACUUCGGCCUCGCGAAGCUGUACGAGCACGGCGACCACCCGCAGACCACCCGCGUGGUGGGCACCACGGGGUACCUGGCGCCGGAGCUGGUGAGGACGGGCAGGGCCACCCCUCUCACCGACGUCUUCGCCUUCGGCACGUUCGUGCUCGAGGUCACCUGUGGGCGGAGGCCGAUCGCCGGCCAGACGCUGCUCGUCGACUGGGUGCUCCAGCACUGGCACGGCGAGACGCUCGUCGAGGCGGUGGAUCCGAGGCUUCGGGGAGAGUUCAGCUCCGACGAGGCGUGCCUUGCGCUCAAGGUUGGGCUGCUGUGCUCGCACCCGUCGCCGGACGCGAGGCCCAGCAUGCAGCAGGUUCUGCAGUACCUUGACGGGGAGGCGCCGCUGCCGGAGAUGCCGCGCACGGAGCUGAGCUUCGACAUGCUAGCUCUGGUCCAGAGGAAAGGGUUGCACGUCAUGUCCUGCGCCUGCUCGUCGACGGUGAUGAGUGCCGGCACCAUCUCCGACCUCUCAGGGGGAAGAUGACACCCGUAGUGGUUGAUAAGUUUGAUGUUAUUAAUUAUUAAUUUAUUAUUAACAUUAUAUGCAAUGUUAGUUAAAUUUA